GUUGCGAUCUACCCCGCGACGAGUAAAGACGUGCUUUAUUGGAAACACAGCUAUCGACUCAACCUAACUGAGGUGAUAUUUUGCAAUCUCGCGCAGAUUAUAGCUGUGGUUGUGGUUCUACUGCAGAUGAUCUUCAGCAGUACAAUACUCAGGUGUUUCAGUGCGUCUCUGCGAUAUUAAGAAACUUUGAGUUUCUGACACGGCGUGAGUCUAGAAGUGUGAAAAAAAAAAUUGAUUCGCUGAGAAGUGUGUUUGGCGUUUAAUUGCGACGUGUUUAUUCCCGUACAUAAAGUGAGGAUAGUGUCAAUUACACCGAUUAUAAGGAUAAGUGAAAGUAAUUUGGCUAUCAAGAACACGAGAGGGUCACUAGUUGUGUCCUUUACCCACGACAGUAAGUGUUGCAAGUGUAAGCUGUAGUAUUCAUUCAAAUAUCAACUUGUUCCAUACCUCUGCAUACCUUCUCUCAGACCAAAUAUGGAUAUUGAUAUGAAUGAUGGAAAAGAUCGCAUUGGGCCAUUGUUUCGUGAUCGACACGUGUUAAUUACCGGCGGCACCGGCUUUAUGGGAAAGGCGCUCAUGGAGAAAUUGCUGAGAUGCACAGAAGUUGCCAAAAUUUACCUACUAGUCCGAACAAAGAAAGGGAGAACACCAAAGUCACGCUUAGAAGAUAUUUUUGCUAAUCCGCUCUUCGCCACCGUAAUUGAACUACGUGGGCUCGAUGUAUUGUUGAAUCAUUGUGUAGUGAUAGCUGGCGACGUCACAGAGCCGGAUCUCGCCAUAUCGGAGGAAGACCGACGAUUGAUCACAGAGAAUGUAUCCAUCAUCUAUCACUGUGCCGCCACGAUUCGCUUCGAUGAAGCUCUCCGGAAGGCGGUAAUGCUCAACACAAGAGGAACGAAGCUGAUGAUCGAAUUAGCGAAACAGUGCAAGAAAUUAGAUAUGUUUGGAUAUGUGUCAACGUCAUACUGCCAUUUGAAUGAGAAGCUGUUGCUGGAAAAACCAUAUGCACCGCCAGCAGACCCGCACAAGGUAAUCAAAGCCGUCGAAUGGUUGGAGGAUGAAGUUGUGGAAGGCAUGACAAGCAAAAUUCUGGGAGAGUGUCCCAACACAUACGCAUAUACCAAAGCUCUUGCCGAAGCCUUAGUUGUAGAAUCUAUGAAGGACAUUCCGGCAGUAAUAUUCCGUCCGUCUAUAGUGGUGCCCACAUGGCGCGAACCGCUAUCUGGUUGGACGGACAAUAUCAACGGACCAGUGGGAAUGUUGAUUGGAGCCGGCAAGGGAGUGAUUCGCUCUAUGUACUGCAACUCCGACGGCUACGGAGAUUAUCUGCCCGUCGAUUUUGGCGUGAGCGCUAUUUGCGUUUGCACCUGGAACUAUAUUGGAAGGAAGGAUUAUACGCGGAACAUUUAUCAUUUGGUUAGCUCAGCUGAGAUUAGAGUGUCCUGGGAAGGCAUCAUCGCAUUAGGCAAAUCUAUUACGGCCGAUAAGGUGCCACUAAACGGUAUCUUCUGGUAUCCGGGUGGGACGAUGAAGAGAUAUAGAUGGCAACACAAUUUGGCCGCUCUCUUUUUCCACUGGAUUCCGGCUGUGCUAAUCGACUGCCUGCUGUUCGUUCUUGGAUAUAAGCCUGUACUUUGUCGUGUGCAUCGACGAAUUGCCAAGGGAUUCGAGGUUUUUGAAUACUACGCUAACAAUCAGUGGGAUUUCGACAAUGCCAACGUUACAUUCCUGAGGACUACGAUGAAUGAGGCGGAGAAAACUAAAUUCAAAAUCGAUGCUGGAGGAGUUGUAAUUGAUGAAUAUUUCGAAAACUGUAUCUGGGGUGCGAGACGGUUUAUUCUGAAGGAAACCGAUGAUACUCUGCCAGCAGCCAGAAGACAUAUGACAGUAAUGUGGUGGGUGGAUAAGAUUUGCAAAGCAAUAAUUUAUGGCGCGUUCUUUUACUAUGUUGGGCUUUGGUUAUAUAAUUCUGUGUUUUCUAGUGUUUUCUAAUAGAGUAAUCUAAUUUGUACGUUCAUCUUGUUCAUUCCAAUAGAAUUAAAACAGAUCGAUUUGUAUUUCGGGACGUUUGGUAUCAAUAAAGAAACGC